AUGCCUUCUGUACAUCACACCGCAGUCGACGUCCCAAUUGCGGUCGUCGGCAUGUCAUGUCGUUUUCCCGGCGACGCCAGCUCCUCUUCCAAAUUCUGGGACAUGUUGAAGAACGGCAAAGAUGCUUACUCGCCCACAUCAACUCGAUGGAACUCCGACGCUUUCUACCACCCAAGCAACGGCCACUUGAACUCACUACCCACGAGAGGGGGUCACUUUCUGAAAGAAGAUCCGUAUGUCUUUGAUGCCGCCUUCUUCAAUAUCACCGCAGCAGAAGCCAUCGCUCUCGAUCCCAAACAGCGGAUCGCCAUGGAAGUGACAUAUGAAGCGUUUGAAAACGCGGGUAUGUCUCUUCCACAGAUUUCUGACUCUCAGACUGCCUGUUAUAUUGGUUCAGGUCCCAGCGACUAUCGAGGUGCAGUGGAGCGGGACUUCUUGCACAACCCUAAAUACCAUCUCCUCGGGACCGGCGACGAGAUGAUUUCCAAUCGCAUCUCUCAUUUUUUAAAUAUCCAUGGCCCCAGUGCCACGGUUCAGACCGCCUGCUCGUCCAGUCUGAUGGCGACCCAUCUGGCUUGCCAGAGCUUGAAGUCAGGAGAGUCGGAGAUGGCCAUUACGGGUGGCGUGAGUCUGAUGCUCACGCCAGACUUCACGACGCAUCUCAAUAAUUUGACUUUCCUCAACCCCGAGGGCUUGUCAAAAGCCUUUGAUGAGAGUGCAGGUGGAUACGGUCGUGGUGAAGGUUGCGGGAUCAUCAUCUUGAAACGACUGGCGGAUGCAAUUAAAGAUGGAGAUGAGAUUCGGGCCGUCAUCCGUGGUACUGGUGCUAAUUCAGAUGGCUUUACACAGGGUGUGACAAUGCCGUCUUUUGAAGCGCAAGCUGAACUCAUCAAGCACGUUUACUCGUCCAACGGGUUGGACUACUCGACACAAUAUGUCGAGGCACAUGCAAGUCAAAGAGCUAUCAGACUUAGGGGCCUUAUCGGUACCGGGACCAAAGCCGGAGAUCCAAUUGAGACAAGAGCCAUUUAUAGCACCAUCGGGAAAGGCUCGCCCAAAUCGCGCAAACUGUUUGUAGGAAGUGUUAAACCCAAUAUCGGCCAUCUGGAAUCCGCGGCUGGUGUGUCGGGGAUUAUCAAAGGCAUUCUAUCGAUGGAAAACAAUCUGAUCCCCCCAAAUCUUCACUUUACUAAAGCCAAUCCUGCGAUUCCAUUUGACGAAUGGAACAUGGCGGUACCCACCAAGUUGACGCCUUGGCCUGUUACGCCGACCAAGCGUAUGAGCGUCAGCGGCUUCGGCAUGGGUGGCACAAACGGCCAUGUCGUCCUGGAAUCGUUCGACCCGACCACUUUCAGCGCUGGAUCCAUAACGAGCAAUCAAUUUUCCAAAUUUGGCAAGACCCGUACCAAGAAACGACUCUUCGUCUUCAGCAGUCACGACCAGGCUGGCUUCAAGCGAAAUGCAGAUGCCCUGGUCGAGCAUCUAGAUAUCGUUGGACCCGGAGCGUCGAGCUCGGAUUUCAUGGCCAAUUUGGCCCACACACUCUCCGGGGCCAAAUCCAGUCUGUCGUGGCGGGCAACAUGUAUUGCGGAGAACAAGACCGAGCUCCAUGACUAUCUAACCACCAAGCCAGGAGACGGCGCCUCUCGGGAUGCGAACAGUUCCAUUCGAGUCCCACGAAUUGGCUUCGUGUUUACCGGACAAGGUGCACAAUGGGCGCGUAUGGGCGUGGAGAUGCUCGACCGCCCAGUCUUUAGGGACUCAGUUGCGCAAUCGACACAUUUCCUUCAAGCCAUGGGAUGUGUCUGGGAUCCGGUCAUAGAAUUGAAGAAAACCCAAGCAGACUCCCGCCUGAGCCAGCCAGAGAUAAGUCAGCCUAUCUGCUCCGUGCUCCAGAUCGCGCUCGUUGAUGAGCUGCGGUCGUGGGGCGUGACUCCUUCCAAAGUUGUUGGGCAUUCCAGCGGUGAGAUUGCAGCCGCAUACAGCAUCGGAGCAUUGAGCCACCGCGACGCGAUUGCAGCCGCCUAUUUUAGAGGUGUGGCCACUAUCAGGCUUCGAGAUGCGCCAGAUAUCAAUGGCGGCAUGAUGGCAGUUGGCUGUUCGCGAGACGAAGCAGAGAAAUUGAUCGAACAGUCGAAGCUUGAUGGCACCGCUACCGUCGCCUGUGUGAACUCACCGUCCAGUGUGACGCUCUCGGGCGAUGUCGACACACUUGAGCAACUCCGAGCCAUCUGUGAUGAGCGUAAGAUGUUUGCUCGAAGACUGAAAGUCGAGAUGGCGUACCACAGUAGGCAUAUGAAUCGCGUCUUUGGCACUUACGCUGAGUUCAUUGCUGAUCUUCAGCCUAUACCCCGAGAGUACAAUGAGAACGAGGACUAUGAAGUCACUAAAACUAUGGUAUCUAGUGUAACCGGCCAAGAGGUCGCCCCGGAGCUUCUGGGGCCAUACUAUUGGGUCCGCAACUUGGUCUCGCCGGUUCUCUUCUCCGAUGCGGUCAAGGAGAUGGUCGCUGCAGACGAAGCUGAAGGGGGUGGUGACACUGUCGACCUACUCAUCGAAAUUGGCCCACAUGGCGCCCUGGGCGGACCUGUGGAGCAAAUUCUCGGUCACCACGGCGUCAAACACAUCGCCUACAAGUCGAUGCUGACACGCGGACGCAAUGCUCUUGAAACAAGUCUCGAGCUCGCGUCCGAGCUCUUCCUAAAAGGAGUUCCAAUUGACAUCUCCCAAGUCAACGGCGAUAUUAACACCCGUCGACUGACGGAUCUUCCCCCAUACCAAUGGAACCAUUCCAAGGUCUUCCGCCACGAGACCCGUAUUCAACGGGAGCUCGUGAUGCGCCAAUUUCCCUCCAAGAGCAUCAUCGGUGCCCAGGUCCCGAUGAUGGAUGAGAGUCAACAUGUCUGGCGCAACUUCCUCCGCUUGUCCGACGAGCCCUGGAUUCGCGGCCAUAAGGUCGGCAGUACUGUGUUAUUCCCAGCCGCUGGCCUCAUAGGCAUGGCCAUUGAAGGUGCGCGUCAGUUGAUGGAACCAAGCAAGACAGCACGCAACCUUCGUCUUCGUGAGAUCUCGUUCUUUGCUGCUAUGGCACUUUCUGAGGAUGUGCCGACUGAGGUUAUCAUGCAUAUGCGGCCGCACUUACUUGCAACCUCAGGUUCUACCCCAGCUUCCUGGUGGGAAUUUACUAUAUCCUCAUGCGCUGGUAUCGAUAACCUGCGCGAUAAUUGCCGAGGAUUGAUUGCCAUUGACUACACCGAAACGACCAGCGAGCAGAUGGCGAGCGAAGAUACCAGCUUGGAGUCGUCAAGAAUUGCCCAGUACCACCACGUCCACGAGGGGCCUUCGCACACUUACUCCAAAGAGGACUUCUACGGCCAAUUCGAAAAGAUCGCCUGGAACUAUGGUGAGGCAUUUCGGGGAGUCGAGAAUGUCCAUCUUGGCGACGGCCAGGCCACCUACGAUGUGAAACUCGUCGAUAUCGGCGAGACCGCUAGCAAAGGACAACUCAGUCGUCCAUUUUUGAUACACGCGGGUGCCUUUGACUCGAUACUCCAGGGCUGUCUGGGGAGCACGUACAGGAACGGGAGGUUCGAGAUGGAUAAGCCGGUCUUGCCGACAUUUAUAGGCCAGAUGGAUAUUUCGCUCGAUAUUCCGGGAGAUGUUGGAUAUGUCCUGCCUGUGGUAUGCGAGUCGAAGAGACAUGGUUUCAAAGAGUUGUCGUCGAAUAUCUACACCUUUGAUAGUACAGUGUCUAAGGUCAACCUAUCCGUUCUUGACUACCGAGUCUCGGAGCUGGAGAAUGAUGCGGGCGAGCAGGACGGUCAGCAGCUUGAGGUCGACCCGGCCGAGAUCACAUCGGAGGUGCACUGGAAUUAUGCUCUCGAGCUUCUGGAGCCAGAAGAAAUACAAAGGGUGGUAUCCGCUGUUGCGGCAGAAGAUCGGAUUGUCGAGUUCAUCCGUCUAUACCUCCACGACAAUCCAGCAGCCACCGUGAUCGAGCUUGCACCCGAUCACGAAGCACUUAACCAUGCGAUAAUGAGAUUGAUGCCUCCCGGAACCAUUCCUUUUAGCCAUAUCAAGUAUGCUAUAGCAGGCACUGAUAGCGAGUCUGAGGACCAAGGUGCCACCAGGAACUUUAUUGGGACGCCGUUCAACCUGGGCGAUUUGGAUGCCCCGUUGCCCGCAGAUAUUGCGGCGGCUGAUUUGCUAGUCGUUCCACAAUCCGUCAGCAAGCAUAAUGAUUUCGGCACAUUACUGACUCGUUUGACAAGACUUGGCAAGUCCAAUGCAAGCCUAGUUCUCGCUGCGGACAUCAGUUUGGAGGUCUCUGCGUCUGUUCUGGAGGCUAAGGACUUCCGACGUGUCUUUGAAGUUGAGAAGUCAGUGACUCUGUACAAAAGGCGGCAACCAGAGCAUGCUAACAGCGACACCAAUGGCCAUACAAACGGGACAUCUACCAAAUCCGACUUAUUCAUAAUCGAACCACUAGCUAAAAAUGGCCGCGUUAAAGAUUUCAGCAGCGCUCUACAAAUCACUCUCCGCGACCAUGGUUACCCAGUGGUCGUGACCAACUGGGCCGAGAUCAGUGCCCGUGCAGCUACCGACCUCGAGGCCAAUACAUUCAUCUCCUUGUUGGAGCUUGAACAGCCUCUGCUGGAUGCUCUCUCGGAGCCAGAUUUCCACAAUGUCCGGAAGCUGCUGCUGAACAGCGACCGCCUGCUCUGGGUCACAGCUGGCGACAAUCCGUCCAUGGGUGUGGUCGAUGGCAUUCGGAGGACGAUGAGGAGUGAGGUGGCGGGUCUCAAGUUCCAAGUCUUGCAUUUGAGUAGCCUGGACACGGCUUUACACUGUGGUCCAGCCCUUGCAGGUCGUAUUAUGACGACGGAUACCAAGGAUGAUGAGUUCCAGGAACGAGAUGGUAUGCUGCAGGUUGCUCGGAUCUUCAACAGUCCCGAGAGAAAUGAGGGUGUGCGCCGUUGUCUAGAGGACUCCGUUCGUGUCAAGCGGCUGAGGGAACAACCAGGACUCAUGGACACUUUGACGUUCAUCGAGGAUGACCGCAUGAAAGAUACACUUGAAGAGACAGAGAUUGAGGUCGAUAUCAAAGCAACAGGUGUCAACUUCAAAGACAUCAUGGCGGCAAUGGGCCUAGUCGAAGUCUCCCUCAUCGGCCAAGAAGCUAGCGGCGUCGUCACGGCCACUGGUAGUGCAGCAGCUUCACGCUUUAGACCCGGCGACCGGGUGACGCUUCUCUGGGAGGGCAUGCAUGCCACUAAGCUCCGCAUCGACCACCGUCUUGCCGUGCACAUCCCUGACUCCAUGUCUUUCGAAGAAGCGGCCGCCCUACCCAUGGUCCACACCACUGCCUACCACGCACUCGUCAACGUCGCCAAACUGCGCCCUGGACAAUCUGUCUUGAUCCACGCUGCUGCCGGUGGUGUCGGCCAAGCUGCACUGCAACUUGCUGCUCACUUAGGCCUAGUGGUAUAUGUGACCGUUGGUAGUGAGGAUAAGCGCCGUCUCCUGAUUGAGAAAUAUAACGUGCCAGAAGCGCAUAUAUUCCACUCUCGUGACACUAGUUUCGCCAAAGCUAUCAAGCGCAUCACGGAUGGCCGCGGCGUCGACUGCGUGCUCAACUCGCUGUCGGGCGAAUUGCUCCGUGUCUCAUGGACAUGCCUUGCGCCCUUUGGCACAUUUGUCGAGAUCGGGCUGCGUGAUAUCACAAACAACAUGCGUCUGGACAUGCGUCCGUUCAGCCGUAGCACGACCUUUGCAUUCAUCAACAUAGCCAAUUUCUUCGACGCGGAUGGUCUUGAUGCACUGGGCCAAAUACUAUCGGACGCAUUUGCUCUUGUGCAUGAGGGUGUUCUGAGCGCGGCGUAUCCGCUGACAGUGUACCCUGUUGCGGGGCUUGAGACGGCUUUCCGUACCAUGCAACAGGGUAAGCAUCGUGGGAAACUAGUCCUCUCGUUUGGAGAUGAUGCUCAAGCACCCGUGCUCUGCACAGCUAAAAACAGCCUGAGCCUCAAUCCCAACAGCACCUAUCUCUUUGUCGGCGGUCUCGGCGGCCUUGGACGCAGUCUGGCCCGUGAAUUUGUUGCCAGUGGAGCACGACACAUCGCAUUUAUAUCCCGCUCUGGCGAUUCCAGUGCAGACGCCAAAGCCACAGUCCAGGACCUCACCACUUUCGGCGCCGUUGUCAAAGCUUACCGUGCAGACGUAGCAGAUGAACCUGCCUUCCUCUCCGCCAUGCAACAAUGUGCCACCGACCUCCCACCUAUCGCGGGCGUGGUCCAGAUGGCCAUGAUGCUGCGUGACACUCUCUUCGAGAAAAUAUCUUACACGGAUUGGACGCAACCCAUGCGGCCCAAGAUCCAAGGCACACUAAAUCUGCACAACUACUUCUCGCCCACACAUCCGCUGGAUUUCUUCAUCAUCUGCUCGUCCAUCUCCGGCAUCUUCGGCUAUCCAGGCCAGACUCAAUAUGCCGCCGCCAACACAUUCCAAGACGCACUUGCCCGCCACCGUCGCAGCAAAGGCCUCAAGGGCGUGGCUGUCGAUCUCGGUAUCAUGCGCGACGUUGGAAUUCUAGCCGAGCAAGGCACAACCGGGAAACUCGCUGACUGGGAAGCCAUUCUCGGAAUCCGCGAAAAGCCCUUCCACGCGCUGAUGAAAAGCCUGAUCAACAGCGAGUGGAAAGGAGACUCGUAUCCUGCGCAGGUGUGUACCGGCCUCGGGACGGCAGAUGUCAUGGCCCGAUUCGGAUUGGAGCGGCCGGAACAUUUCAGUGAUCCGCGGUUUGGCCCACUGAAUGUGCUGAGUAUUACAUCUUCGUCCUCGUCCACAGACCAAGAUGCCUCAUCCGCUGCAUCGUCACCCUCCACACGUCUCGCUGCCGCAUCCACCCUCGAUGAAGCCGUUUCAAUCAUUACGGAUGCACUUGUACACAAGACGGCAGAGAUCCUGCAGAUGCCCUUGUCCGAGGUAGAUCCGGGGAGGCCGAUGUAUCGGUAUGGAGUGGAUUCGCUGGUGGCACUGGAGGUCCGCAAUUGGAUUACAAGGGAGCUGCAGGCGAAUAUGGCGCUGUUGGAGAUUCUUGCAGCGGAGCCAAUGAAUGUGUUUGCGGGGAGGAUCGCGGAGAAGAGUAAGUUAGUUACAGGUAGAAAGUAG